CAAUGCUCUGACCGAGAAAGAAUUGAAGUUUCCACUUGGAAGAAGGAUUCACAUCAAAUUGACUGGUCAAGGAAAUGGGACACUGACUGUUGGUACGAUCUUCGUUCGAGAAGGAAAAGGGAUGUUCCAGAUACAGAAAAUCGUCAAACCAUUGACUACAAAGUCCGUUUCUGGGUGGAGUUAGUGGAACCGAAAAGAUGUCUCCCUCACAGCGUUUGUGACAAAAGAAUUGCAUCGUUCCUUGGCGGCCUUUCAACAGAACAAUAUUCAGAGAUUUCCCGAGUGAUUCUGAUGUUGGUUCCUGGAAAGCCUCCAUUGUUGGAGGACGAGAAGCCGUAUCCAAUUGAAGCAGCACAGGCUUCUGCGAUGACUGUGGAAACCACUGCUUAUGCCUUGCUUCAAGCGUUGUCAAGGAAUGAUAUUGACUAUGCAACACCGAUUGCGAGGUGGCCAACGAUGCAACAGAACUAUGGUGGUGGAUUUCACUCGACGCAGGACACAAUCAUCGCCUUGGAAGCUUCAUCACAAUACUACUUUGCAUUUCUGAAGAGGGAAGAUGAAAUCAACAUGCAAAUUCAAUUCCAUGGUUUUGGAAGUCCCAUUGAGAACAUGAUUCAUUUGCGCCGGCACAAUGCUCUGACCGAGAAAGAAUUGAAGUUUCCACUUGGAAGAAGGAUUCACAUCAAAUUGAUUGGUCAAGGAAAUGGGACACUGACUAACCAUACGAUGAGACUGUUUUGAUGAGGAAUUUAAAGAUUAUGUGUCCCAUCCGUUUGACUCACAGUUUGGUACCAUAGGUUGGUAUGAUCUUCGUUCGAGAAGGAAAAGGGAUGUUCCAGAUACAGAAAAUCGUCAAACCAUUUACUACAAAGUCCGUUUCUGGGUGGAGUUAGUGGAACCGAAAAAGAUGUCUCCCUCACAGCGUUUGUGACAAAAGAAUUGCAUCGUUCCUUUGCGGCCUUUCGACAGAAGAAUAUUCGGAGAUUUCCCGAGUGUCAUUUUGUACAGACCACAAACAGCAGAGGUCCCAGCACAGAUCCCUGCGGAACACCAAUCGUCCUGGAACUACAGCCUGAAAAGCACCUUUCCACCACUUGCCUCUGUCUUCUCUGGGCAAGCCAGUUGUGAAUCCGAGCAUCCAAGCCACCAUGGACUCGGUGCAUCUUAAUUUUCUGGAUGAUCCUACCAUGAGGCACCUUGUUGAAAGUAUUGCUGAAAUCCAUGAAAACAAUUUUCACUGCUCUACCUUCAUUGAUCACACUCGUCACCUCCUCAAAAAAUUCGGUCAAGUUAGUAAGACAUGACCUGCCCUGCACAAAGCCAUGCCGACUGUCCCUAAUUAGGCCAUGCUGUUCCAAAUACAGAUAAAUACAAUCCCUAAGAAUUCUCUCCAAUAGCUUCCCAAUGAACGAUGAGAAACUCGCCAGUCGAGAGUUUCCUGGAUUGACCCUAUUUCCCUUCUUGAACAGAAGAACAUUUAGCAACUUGCGAAUCCUCCAGUACCCCUCCAGUGGCUACCAAGGAUACAAAGAUCUUGCUGAAUGCCCCGACAAUCUCCUCUCUCACCUCGCUCAAAAACCUUGAGGAGAUACCAUUGGGUCCUGAGGACUUAUCCACCUUAAUGCCCUUUCUUGAUUUCAAAAUGCUGUUAUCAUAUUCGCAUGCUCCACACAAAUCCCACUAUCUUCCAUACCCUUCGCCUGAGUGAAUAGAGAUGCACAGUACUCAUUUAGGAUCUUGCCCACAUCCUCUGCUUCCAAACACAAGUUGCCUCCUUUAUCCUGAAUGGUCGUACCUUCUUGCUAUUUAUCCCCUUGUUUUAGAUGUAUGCACAGAUUGCCUUGGGAUUUCCUUCAACCCUCCUUGCCAAGGUCAUUUCAUAGCCUUUCUUUUUCUGCUUUCUUUGUUCGGCCCUGUUCGAUUUUAGCUUCGUAAACCUGACAUAUUUUUGUUUUUCCCUUUUGACGAACUUCACAACCUCCCCAAUUAUCCAAGGGUCUUUUACCUUGCCAUCCUUGUCCUUCCUCCUUCCUGAUCCUAAACUCAUAAGCAGGCCUUUAAACAAUUCCCAUAUGGCAAAUGUGACAGCUCCUCCCAAUUCACACUCCCCAGCUCCUACCUAAAAUUGAUAUAAUUUACUCUCCCCCAAGAUCCUGACUUAUCCUUCUUCAUAGCAAUCUUAAAAUUGAAGGAGUUGUGAUCACGAUUUCCAAAAUGCUUUCCCACCCUUCUCACCAGUUACCUGACCAGGACAAAGUCCAGUAUGGCCCAUCUUCCAUCCACAUACUGUGUCAAGAAACUCUCUUGGAUAGACUUAACAAAUUCAGCCUCAUUUAAACUCUUGUUGUAAGGGAGUCCCAGUCAAUACCGGGGAGGUUAAAUUCACUGACUGUGACAACUCUGAGUUAUUGCAUCGUUUCAAAAGCUGCCUACAUAUUUGUUCCUCAGUGUGUCAGUGGCAACAGGGGAGCAGGCUAUUAGUUUAAUCUGAUCAGAGUGAUUGUGUCUAUCUUAUUUUUCAAUGCUACCUCUAUUGCCUCAGUGGGCAAGCCCUCCAGAAUGUCCUUUUGAGGUGCAGAUGUAACAUUUCCCACAGCUUAGGAGUGCACCUCCUUCUUUUAUCUUCCCCUCUAUCUUGUCUAAAGCAAUGAAACCCUGGAACAUUGAGCAGCCAGUCCUGUCUCUGUCUCAACCAAGCCUCUGUAAUGGCCUCAACAUCAGAGUCCGAUG